AUGGUUCCAAUCACAAUCCCCAAGCUGGAAGACUACGGCGUGUCUUCCAAGCAUGGGUUCCUUCCCACCGAAGCGCCUCUCGAGCGACUGCCGAGCGAUUACUACGAGCCAUGGGAGAAUGUCAUGAAGAAUCUACAAGGCUUGAUCCUGAGUAAGAGAUUACAUGAGGUGGUUGAUAAUAUGCCUGUGCUGUCUACGGAGUACCUGGUGGACCAGGCGCAAUUGCAGCGGGCAUACAGCAUUUUGGCCUUUAUCACGCAUGCGUACAUCUGGGGAGGUGACAAGCCAGCUGGGAGAGUGCCUCCACCUGUCACUAUACCGUUCAUGGCUGCUUGUAAGCGUCUUGAGCUUCCGCCCGUUGCUACAUAUGCUGGUCUUGUGCUGUGGAACUGGAAGCCAAUCUUCGAUGAUGAGCGCAACGACACACUUGCCAAUCUGGACAUGAUCCACACCUUUACUGGCUCGCUGGACGAGAAGUGGUUCUAUUUGAUCAGUGUCGCGAUUGAAGCUCGCGCCGGUCCGAUCAUUCCGUUGAUGCUUCAAGCCAUUGAAGCUGCUGAGAAUGGAGAUCGCACGGUAGUCACAGAAUGCCUGAAGUUCUUUGCAGAGCGCCUGGAUGAGCUUGGCACGAUGCUCGGUCGCAUGUACGACCAGUGCGACCCACAUGUAUUCUAUCACCGCAUCAGACCAUUCCUGGCCGGCAGCAAGAAUAUGGCAGAUGCAGGUCUGCCAAGCGGCGUCAUCUUUGACAAUGGAGGCCCGAUCAACAAGCAGCAAUAUGUGCAGUUCAGUGGAGGUAGCAAUGCGCAGUCUAGCAUAUUGCAGUUCUUCGACAUUGUGCUGGGAGUUGAGCAUCGGCCGACUGGAGACAAGAAGAUGCCAAUGACCGAGCAGGCCGGCAAGAAGCCUUCGAGACCAAGCGCGAACUUCAUCCACGAGAUGCGCCAGUACAUGCCUGGACCACACGCCCGAUUCUUGCGCAAGGUCGAGCGCAUUGCCAACAUCAAGGCCUUCGUGGAAGAGCACAGCUACGACCACGCUUUGGCCCUAGGAUUCGAUGCGUGUCUCGCAAUGCUCAGUGCGUUCCGAGACAGACACAUCCAGAUUGUCAGCCGCUACAUCAUCAUCCAGAGUGCCGCAGCCAAGAAGAGUGAGAAGGACAAGCCUUCUGAGGAGAAAUCCAAGAAGGUCAACCUUGCUAACCGCACCAAGUCGACAUCGAAAGAUGGCGAGCAGAAAAAAGAUCUCAAGGGGACUGGAGGUACUUCACUCAUUCCUUUCCUGCGUCAAGCACGAGAUGAAACUGGUGAGCCGGCUGUUGAUGCGUGGACUCGGCGUCUGCUCAGCAAGACGAGCGGUUCUGCUAGCUUCGAGAAGGAGGGACAAGUCAAGCAAGGUCUGGCAGGAGUAUGGAAGGUCGACGAUAAUGGGCUUUGUUCAUGGUAG